CCGCGCUUUUCUACGACACAAACAUAAAUCUAACCAAACAAGAAAUCUAAUCAAAAAUUUAGUUAAUGAAAAGUUUAAUAAUAUUGCAAUAUAUUCAAAUAAAAUGGAUAAUGUGGAAAAUAUGGAAAAUUUCUGGCCUGAGGAAUUUGUUGAAUUAAAAAGUAUUGAGGAAUCGUUAACAUGUGGAAUAUGCUACGAAUAUAUACAAAUAGCGGUGAUGACGCCUUGCUCUCACAAUUACUGCAGUCUAUGCAUAAGAAGAUAUCUCAAUUUUAAAAAUGAAUGUCCCACAUGUUUCAAUCAAGUACAUGACACUGAUCUUCGUGUGAAUAGAAAUUUGGAUAAUAUUAAACAAAGUUUUCUUAAAGUUCGAGAUAAUUUGAAAUUAUGUAUGAAGGGACUUCCAAUAAGACCAGCAUUUGAACGUCGUGUUGUGGGUGGAGAAAAUUUAUCACCAGUUAAAUCGCGUGUCAAUCAAAUAAUGUCAACACCACGUUCAGGUUGCAAAAGUCCAAAUAGUAUUCGAAAUAAUGAAGAGGCAACAACGCCUAUUAGAUCGAUAAGAUUAAAUCAUGUUUCAAGUCCACAAACACCAUCAAAAAUGGAUACAACAAAUGGUGAAAAUAUUGAAAAACAUUUAUUCAGUCCUGGGACAAGUGGAAUUGCGCCAAUUUUCAAUAAUCCCGUAAGAUUUAAAAUUCACGGCAAAAAAGAAGAUGUUGGACCAACGGUUCCUUGUCCAGUUUGUAGUGUUAAUGUUUCUGAAACUCAUAUUAAUAGACAUUUGGACGAUUGUUUAAAACGACAGAAUAAUACUUCCGGUCCUAUAUCACUCGAAUCGAAAUUAAAACCAAUUCCAAAGCUUGUUCUCAAUCUUAUGAAAGAUUCUGAAUUACGUAGAAGAUUGAAAGAAUUUGGAAUUUCCACCGCUGGCGAUUCAAAAGCACUUAAAUUACGACUCAAUAGAUUUUACAUUCUUUACAAUGCAGAGCGUGACAAAACUGUACAACGACCUAUUGUGGAAAUUGUUAAACAAUGCGAAGAAGAGGAACAACUUGAAAAGAAAGCAGUAUUUUCCGCUACAGGAAAUGUAUUGACAUUUAGUAAACCAAUAGUCGUUAAACCAGUCAAAGGUCAUAAUGAAAGUUACUGUGAAGCAAACAAAAGUAGUUUCGAUAAAUUAAUCGAACAAGUGAGAAAACGAAAUCCAAAGAAGAAAAAGACGACGACAACAACAGAAGAGGAAAAAAAUGAAUUGUCAUCACUCUAUGAAGAUCUUGUUGCUGAAACAGUUGCAAAUGUAUCGAAUGAUUCUGAUUCAGGAACAUCUGGACAUCGUUAUUCGAAUGAUGGACAAAUUUCUGAAACUGUGGAAAAUAAUAGAAUUAUUGAUUUAACAAAUGUUGAUGAAAAUCGUGAAGAAAAUAUUGAAAUGCAAUUUUCUUCCCUAUUGGAAGAUUCAUCAUGUGAUUCAGAAGAUAAUGUUUUAAAUCCACUUGUAAAUAAAAGAUUAGCUACAAAUAAUGUCGAUGGAGAAUUAAAUAAUGAUAGUAAUUUUAUUAAUUCAGAAAAAAAUGAAACAAAGAAGACAUCGGGAUGGAAUUUCAAAAAGCCGAGAAUAACAAAAAAUUUAAAUGAUAAUAAUAUUCAAGAACUAGAUAAACUUUUAGAAAGUAUUCACGAUGACGAGGAAUUAAAAGAUAUUUCCUUGAAUACGACCAAUGAGAGUGUUGACUCUAAUCCAAGCAAGGAUAACGAAGAGAAUAUAAAUUCAGAAAUAAAUGGAAACGAAAAGGAAUUAAAUUUGUCAAUAAAUGCAAAUGAAGGUGAAUUUAAAACGGAAAUAAAUGAUAGUGAUGAAUUUGAAUCGGAAAUUGAAAAAAGUAUUAAUGAAAAUAAAUUAGAAGAAAAAAUAGACGAUAAAGAAAAUGCUAUAGAAGAAAAUUUAUUUCAACGUCCAAUAAGAAAACGUGGUCGUACACAUAAAUAUUCAAAUGAAGAAAAAACACCGACAAAAUUAAAUAAUGGUCAUUUACAAAAUGCUUUACGUGAAUCAACAACAUUUGAAGUUGCAUUCGAUGGUUCAUUAGAUGAAAUUGAAUCAUCGCCAGAACAAAUUUUAAAACGAAGAAAAAGAAAAAUGCAAAAUAACACUGAAUCGGAAUCAGAACCAGAAACACCAACAAGAGUAUUACGUAGUCGACAAAUUCAUACACCGUAAAAAUAAUUUUAAAAUUCUCCCCUAUAUUUAUUUAUUUAUCAUAUAAAUGAAAUUUAUUUUCAUAAUAAUGAAGAAAAAAAAUGUCACAAAAUGAAUUGACUUUAAAAAAAUUAAUAUUCUUGCAUGUAUAUUUUUUGACAAAAUUUAUUUUCUACAAAAAAAAAAAAAGAAUGUUGAAAAGAAAAUAGUAAAACAAUUUUUAGAUUUUUUUUUAUCGUAUUGUAGAAUUUUUUUUUGUAUUGCACGAAUUGGAAAACAAUUUAAAAAACUGUUAAUUUCUAUGAAAUAUCAAUUGAGUUUUCCUUUUUUUCAAAUAAUAGUCCAGAUUUGUAUAAAUGAGAUUGUCAAUAUUUUUCUGUAUAUAUAAAUAUCAAAAUGACUUCUAUAUUUACCAUCGAGUUUUUCGUAUUUGGUAAAAAAAAAAAUAAUAAUAAUAAAUCUAAUCAAAUUCUGUUUAAUUAUUUAAUUACAUUUUUAAAAAUAAAAGAUUGAAAAAAAAAUCAGUGUACAUUAUUAAAUUAUAAUUUGAGACUUGUUAAAAAGUUUUAAAUUACUAAAAAAUAUACUGAAAUUAUUUUUUAAAAAUCGACCAUUAAAUGGUAUUAAAUUCACACUAUGUGAAAAAAAUUUCUUUUCCUUAAAAUACUAAUAUAAAUAAUAAAAUUAA